GUGGUAAUACUUUGCUUAUGGUACUUCUGCUGGCAUGAGAAAUAAAACUCGACAACAUUACGCGAGCGAGGGGCUUUAUUACACCAACACUGCACGCCUUUGCAAAGACAAUCUCAGCUCAACCUCGGACCUCUCAACAACACAAACUCUCCUCCAGCCUCUCCUCCUCCUCCUCCUCCAACGUUCUCAUACCUCCAAAGUCGUCUCCGUUUCCGAACCCACAUUUCCUUCCACACUGUCAACCUGUACACACAAAACUGCCCACAAAUCAUUUACACACAUUGUCAUUUUUUUUUAAAUUUCACAAAUUCAUGUUGGUCAUUUCUUCUUGAGCGAAACUGGACUGAUCCUGUUUCACAUAACAAACUCUCAUUAACGAGUGAGUGAGCUAUCCGUUCAACUUGAAAGAAAAGGAGAUAGACGUCUCCGAUAACUGAUCCAAUAAGCAGAAAGAACCAUCACCCGUGUGAUAUUAAUUAACAAGACGAAAGCAAUACAUACACAACACAACCCAUAAAAGUGAUAAUAAAAUUCAGAGAUUAAGAAGAGUUAGUAAUGUGAGACGAAGGACUCGUAUCUAAAUUCGUGACAAUCGGUAAUCCCCUUUUGAGAACUAUUUAUUACUAUCGUUGUAGUAAUUGUCGUCUCUGAAAGUGAUCUUGAACUGGAGAAAGAGACCGAGUGAAUGAGUGAGUGAAUGGAUGCACUACUCAAAUCUAAGCGUUUGGACAAAGUGAAACGAGCUCUGGGACUCCGUCCUCCUCAUCCUCCGAGAACUUGUCUCAUCGAUAUUGACAAUAAUUUUGGUGACCACCAGCACAAAAAUCAACAACCGCCGCCGAACAAAGAUCACAAAGAAACUUUUGAAAUUUCUCCGGAAUCUUCUUCACAACCACCGCAGCACAAAUCGUCAACAGCGUCACCUAAAAAGAACUCCAUGCUCACCACAACCCUCUUGAUGAUAACCUCACGACGAAGACGAGAAGAAGAUAAGCUCACCCUUCUCAUCAAUACUUGAGGAUCGGAGGCAAUAGAUAAGCUUAUCAUUAUACAUAUAUACAUAGAGAGUAUUUAGAUACUUUAUUUGAUCAUCACUUCCAUACACACACUUUCCUUCUCUUUGUGAUGCAUACGACGACGUCGAUAUUAUAAAUAUACAACACACACACUCUCAAUUGUAAUUAGUAAGUAAUGCUAAAGAUAAUCUCAUCCAGCGCAUUUUGUAAGGCCAGAAUCAAACCGUUUACCUGCAUGGGAACCAUGUUUAUACGAGAGUAGUAGUAGUACGAGUGGGGAGAAGACGGUGUACUAAUUGUAACAUUUACCUAAGAAUUUAUUACCAAGAUAUAUUACUAAACCAAUUUUAAGCAGAUACAAUUUAAGGAAAACUAUAGCAAAGUACGCACACACACACACACAUCACAAGAAGAAUAUUUAAAACGCUCAACGGCAGUAAUUGAUAGAGGGAUUUGCCCGAGUUAAUAAGAAAACCAUUCAUGUAGACAAUCAGUUAUCUAGUAUUUAAUUUCACAACCAAAACCAACACGUCAAGAAUUUCCUGGAUUCCAAAUAUAUAUUUAUUUGUUUAUUUGUAAAGACAGGAAGGGGAGAUUAAGACAUAUUUGAAGAUAAGCUCGUAUCGCAUCUCACAUUAAUGUUGGCAAACAAUUAGUCUCAUCUUCUUUUAUGAGUGAGUGAGUGAGUCGUCGUCGUCGUUCAUUCGCUGCUCGCAUCGCAUCGUUCGGAGAAGCUUCUGAGAAUCACCUAACAAACAAAGCAAAGUUGAAUUACUAGCCUUAUCUCAUCUUGUCGGAGGAGAGAGAGGAUGUGACGACUGCUGCUGCACAGAGAGCCCACAACCGAAUGUAACAAGUUUAGCUUAUCUCUGUUGAUAAUUGUGGAUUGAUAGAAAAGCAGGAGCAGGGAGGCUUGUCGUAGUUUGUGAGCUUGUCGAAUGCGAUAGGAUUGAUUGAGGAUUGAGUUUAUUUAAAGGAGACUGGACUCUUCGUGUAUUAGGAGCAAAGAAGAAGCCAGUCUGGUUAGUGAUAAUCCCUAUAAAGCAGUAAUCAUAAGUAGUCGUAGUAAGUACGUAAGUGAGCAAGUAAAGUAAUAGGAGUGCUUAUAAGUUAAUUGGAUGGAGGGAUAUCAUCGAGGAGCAGAUAAGAUGAUGAUGGAGUGGGAAGCAGAAGACGAGGAACGAGGGAAUGGCAAGAAUAUUAUUAGAGGAUCGUCAGUCUGUGGUCGAGAGGCAUCACUUCCAUCAGUUCGCCAGAGCGGUGUGACGACUUCGCCAAUUUCAUCUUCUUCUUCGGCUUCUUCCCCCUCUUCGUCGUCGUAUGACCAUCACGAGCAGCAAGACCAACCCACUGAUCUCAGCAAGAAAAAACAAGAAGUGCUCCUCGUACCACCAAAACUGAGGAAACUCAAGCCGAUACCGCCGCCCCUUGAUCUCAGCAUAAACCUGAGCUUACACCACCACCACAACAACCCUCUGGUCACUCAACAGCAGCAACAGCAGUCCCCAUCGCCCAGCAAACUCAACGACAAGAAUCUUCCGCUCAGGAAACGCUGGCAUAGCUGGUCUCCCGUCCCAAUGAACGGUCAAGAGAAUGAGUCGUCGAUAGUGCCCUUGUAUCCGGACGCAAACAAUGCGAGCCCCAAGACAGGUUUGGCAGGUGUUGAGACCGUGAUGGCCACGCAACCUAACAACAUCACCACAACGGCCCACCACCAAAACCAGUAUCACCAUCACCAUCAUCACCACCACCUCCCACCCUACAGCUCCCCAGGGGGACAUGGCCACACCUACACCACUUCCGGCAGGUGGCUGGAUUUCAUCCCCAUUUCCACACCCACCAUCACCACCACCACCAGCAGCAGCAGCAUUACGAACUCGGCCGCACGACUGUCUCACACCUCUCCAUCGACAAACAACAAUGGUCACAUCAACAACGGUCACCAUGCUCACAGUGGCACCAACAGCAACGGUGACCUCCAGACGCCAACCCCAUUCUACACGCCAAACGAGCCAUCUCCAAAGUUCAUGAACUCGCCCGUGUUCAGCUACUCAAACCCGGACACGGCCCUUUAUCAGGGACCCUUCUCGCCCAUGAGGGCCUCCUCCCUCUACCCUCCUCCCAGCAGCCCCUUCACGAAUCUCAGUCUCAACUCGCCAUUGCUGCCUCCACUGAGCACCCCAGGAGGAAGUGGGGGAAGCGGGGGAGGGAGUUCACUCAACACUCCGACGAUAACCUCGAUGAGCUCGUCGUCCAGCUCAAACUCGUGUUUCAACAUGAUUCCCUCCACGCUGCUGAGCCCUGCGCCUUCUCAGGCCAGCACAAACUCGCUCAGCUAUGAAGAUCUGCACGAAAAGUCGCUCAACUUUUUCCAACCUGCGUGGGGGAUUUUCAUGGCGGGAACAAAGAUACGUUUCGUGACCGGGAUGAACUGCAUGGAUUGGUAUCUCGUCGACUUCUUGGCGCAGAGUGGCGAAUCAUUGGGCCUCAACAAGGGCGAAUAUGCACCACAUGGGCUGGAAGUCAGAAAGUUUAUUGUGACGAGUUCAGCCAAGGAGAGGAUCCAAGUGACCUUUUGCCCAGUUGGCGACCCACAUCAUCCGACCAUCGAAGUCAACUGCGAAGCUGGACAUCCAUUCAUGGUGGAGAAGAAGGGACAACCGACGUGGUGUGCAGUGAAACCCGAAGUGUUUCAAGAGAUUUAUGGGACCCAAUGCCAACUGCUCGAGUGUGGGGACAUUUGUCUCAACAUCUCGGCUCGAAGUCCUAAUCAUGCUAAUAACCAUAGUCAACCCCAGUACCAGACCAUUCAACAUCAUCAGCAACAUCAUCAGCAACAUCCGCAACAUUCAGCAUUUCCUUCGCACAUCAAUCACAAUGGGAACAAUAAUGGACAUCAACUGCAGCAACAACAGCAGCAGCAGCAGCAAAUUCAGUCCAUUAAAAUGGAACCAAUUGAUGAGAAGCCCGUUCCAAUCUCAGUGGUGCCACAAACUCAUCACCUCGUAAUGCAGACCGCUUCCAUGAACAGCAACAACUCGAAUCCUGCUGGGUGCCCAAGUAGCAAUAACGCUAAUAACAGCAGUAAUAAUAAUAAUGGGGGGCUACAUGUCUCAUCAAUGAAUAUCAAUUCAUCAGCAACGAUGAAUAGUCGUAAAACAUUUGCCAGUCCCACGUCCAACUCACCUGCAAAAAAGGCCAAAGAAAGCAAGCCCAAGAAAGCGAGUAAUGCUGCGGGGAACAACAAUCCUGGAGAGAACAAGGGACGGCGACCGAUGAACGGGUUUCUCCUCUUUGCCAAGGACAAGAGACCCGAAUUGAUUCAAAUGUAUCCUGGAAAAGAUAACAGGUCAAUUAGUGUGCUGUUGGGGGAGGCGUGGCAAACUCUGGAUCCCACAGAACGGGAAAAGUACUCGCUGAACGCCAAAGUCCGUGCGGAAGAGCAGAAGCGGAUUCAUCCAGAUUGUUGGAAACGGAAAAGGUCACAGUCGAUUAAUUCUUAAAUCAUUUUAUUUGUUUGACGAUAAUAUGAAAAUAUAUUUAUUGCUUAAUCAAUCAAAUUCAAGCUUAUUUAAUGAAGAUCUCUGUAAUAUCCUAAGUGUUUUGUGGUCGUAGGCUAACUAAAAGUAUAUACGAUUAUUGUUACUAUAAUUUGUUAAUUUUUGUACUUAUUUGUUAAUCUGUAUAAUAUUGACCUUUGCUUCUCUUGGUUUAUAUAAACUUGUCGUUUUGGUUGGUUUACUUUUAGCUUAUAUAGUUUUAUCAUUAUUACUUAGUUUUACUCUUUUUGUUAUCGGCAUGGUCCGUUCGACUGUAGAAUAGAAUAGUUCCGUAAGUAGUACGCACUUUGGUGAUUUUUUUGUUCCCUUUGAAAAAUGAAGUGAGAAAUUGCGAUGAUUCAGUUUAAGAAAGAGAAAGAUUUAUGCACAGAAUGCAAUCAGAGGACGACAGGGUGUUCUUCUUCUCGUAACAAGAAAUGAAAGCGCCAUGCAUGCUGUUACUGGACUCCGACAUUUAAAUAUGCAUACAACUUCCCAUCAUCUUCCAUUAAUAACUGUAUGCAAGUGGUGGAGGAGUCUAUAUACUUUACUCCUUGGUAAUUUGCGCCAUAGUUGAACUAAUAACAUUAUUGGCGCAAGUUGAUAACGAAGGAAGUAUAAGCAGCAAUCAUAGUGGAUUUUGAUACCUUGUUCGACUUGCCAACUAUAUAAAAAUUGCAAUAUAUAUAACCAAUUGUGUCUUCCAGUAGUUUAGUCAAUGUGAUACUGAUACACUUUUCGAGAAAUUUGACAAUCACACAAAACUUUCAAUAUUCCCAUUUCACACAAAGAAUGAGAGUAAAUGAGUGCAAAUAUUUAUUCUCGUACAUAAAUACAACAAAUGAUCGUGUCUUUCAUUCAUCAAUCUAAAUAUUUCACGAUUUUAAAUUUUACAAACUACAUAUUUAUGAAACACUUAAUUUAUAAAAAUAAAUAAACAUAGAACGUUUAAGAAAUUUACGAGUUUAGUUCAAGGAUCUCGACUUGGUAGAAAAUAAUAUAAAAAUAUUUAUACAUACAAGUUUGUCAUUUGUGGAAUAUUUUAUAUCAUCAAACUCUUUUCACUAAAUAAAAUCUCAAUUUGUUCAAGAACAAAAUAUUAAAACAAAA